CUCACUACGUUCGCCAUCUAUGUCCUGGUCUGGUCAUACAAAGGCGACUAUGGUGGCUAUGAAAUGCAAGCACACGCAAUGCGGUGGUCCAGUCUACUCACUGCAGGUUUCGCCGGACUCUGGCUCUAUACUGUCUACUCGCGUCGCUCAGCCAUUGGCCGUGCUAUUGGCAUCAUCAAACUUGCAUUCAGCAUACUCGAGCAAAAUAUGUACCUGCUGGUCAUCAGCUUCAGCACAUUGUAUCUGUUCCUCGCCUUUACAUUCAUUUGGAUCUUACAAUUUGAGCGCUUGUUUUUGCGCGGCACCAUGACUGGCAUUUCUGGCCAUCGUAUGUGGAUACUGCAAGGUGAUUCCUGGCCAUUGGGAGCAUACUUCAUCAUGGUCUAUCUCUGGACAUUUGGCGUCGUGAGCGGUAUUCAGCGCGCCUCGAUCAGUGCAGUCACAUCUCAGUGGUACUUUCAUCGGCAUGAUCAACCACGAACGCCGCCAAAGGCAGCAACAGAAGCGGCUCUUUGGCACGCUCUCUCUGCGUCCUUUGGCACAAUCUGCGCGAGCUCGCUGUUCAGUCUAUUGACACGCCUGCCGUUGCUUGUCGUCCCUAGACGUAUUGCUGGUACGAUCACAUUAGCGGCUUACAUGUUCCUCUCGGCACCGCUCGUCAAUUUGACGAGUCCGCUAACGCUCACGUAUGCGGCUAUUUUCUCAGUCAAUCUCAAGACAGCAGCACGAAUCAUGGAUGCUCAGCCAAGACUCAAACCAGGCAAGCAUUGGCAGCCGUAUCGGACAGCAAAGAUGGUGUUGUCUGCAGCACGCGCUACAACAGCACUAGGUCUUGGAUUGGCAGCGUGGAUUCAAGCAGCCCGGCGGUCCGGUACAAACAGCAGUCUCUAUGGCUACCUGGUCGGUAUGAUCGCAGGCACAAUUGGCUGGACAAUCGUCGGGUGUGUAGAGGGAUUGGUGAGUGUCUUGGUGGAUGCAUGCUUCGUGUCCUGGAUCGUCGAUGCGGACAACACAGCAGCUGGCAGGACGCAUUGUCAGGAGGCGAAUACAGUCUUUGGAGCGCUACCUGCGAGUGCCAGGGGCCUAGGAGCUCUGCAAGUAUGAGAUGUAAUGAAUUGUACAUGUAAUGACGAGAGAAAUACUCAGUAAUUGGGACGGAACCAAGAGAUGACUUCCUAAG